AUGACCCGUUGGCUGGACGAGCUGGGCCGACUGCGAGUCUGGUCUGGAAACAUCGGCGCGCACCAAGUCGGACAAUCGUCUUUGGACUAUCGUCUCCGCGAUUCUUCACAUCUCAAGACAGAGACUGUGAAGGUUCUGAAGAGACUGCUGCGGCUACUCGAAGAGGUAGACAUGGUUGUCAACGAGGACGGCGAGACGGGGGAAGUCGAAUUCGACCUUGAAGAUGGAGAAGAUGCAGGCGAGCCGUACAGGACGGAACUUCAGCAGCUCUACCAAACUAUAGUCGAUGCUGUCAAUCUUCUAUUUCAGCUUUCGAUGGCCAUUCGCAAGCCUGCCGACCACGACCGGCUCCUCAAUAUAAAAUUGAAGGACGAAGCCUUCUUCGAACCAUGGGCGCGGCAGCACAUCACGCACAAGUAUCCAGAGGCGGCAAGCUUCUUAGCCGACCGACUAGCGGCGGCAAUGGCAAAGCGAAAGGCGGUACUCAAGUAUCGUGAAAGGCACAGAGCGAAGCUUGGGAAAGGCUUAGGGGUGUCUGGAGACAGCGGAUCACUAGAUCUCUCUGCCACCGAGGCAACAGAAAUCGCUGCAGGCAAUAAUCAGCUGGCUUUCGCAGAGGCUCAGUCUGUUUCUGGCGCCUCGCAAACAUCCUACGCGACUAGCCUAAUAAAACCGCAAAGUGCAAGCAUGGUUCCGGAUCCACCGGUGGAGUCCACAGAGAAACAGCCCUUCGAAUGUCCAUAUUGCUACCAUGUGAUCAUUAUAAAACAUUCAAAAGACUGGACCAACCAUAUCUUUCGGGAUUUGAUGCCUUAUACUUGUGUCUGGGAGGACUGUCCCAUUCCGUCCAAGCUAUUUGAUACCCGGCGCAUGUGGGCUCAGCAUAUGGAUCACACUCAUCCACAAAUGGAGCAGACAAAGGACUCAUUUGUCUGCCCAUUAUGCCAGGGUAGUGUACAGACAGCAGCUUCAUUUGCAAAACAUGUUGGCAGGCAUCUAGAGGACCUCGCCCUAUUUGUCUUGCCCCGAAACCAUCAAAUCGAGGAUACAAGCUUGGAGAUACCACAAGAGAAGGCAUUAGUCAAUCUAGUGGAAUGGAAGAGCGAUCCCAGCAUAUGGCCCGGCUGCUUUGAAGGUCAUUAUCCCGUGGACGGUGGGAUGUGCAACUGUGGGGCUGCAUUGUCAGACGAGCGUGGUUCUCUGCGUUCUCAUCUCAGGAAACUGCUCUUAGAGUCACAGGGCUUUCCCACCGUUGAAAUAAGCGACUCCCAGUCAACUGAGCCUUUAAGACUUUUCGAAGAGGGCGCACAGAUUUUACGUUCUCUUACCAACGGAGGCGAACAACCGAAGAUCUCAAAUACUCUUGACAAGGGAAGAACUACUAAGGCGACUCGGAAUAACCUAGAGCGGACAUCAAAUCUUUCGAGAACGAUCGGACGAAAUCAUAAUACCACGUCAAUGGGAUCAGACAUGCAGGGGAAACCGCCAAGCCAAGACCACGUACAACUUGUACAUGAGUCUUAUGCGGUGUGGAAGUGCACGAUUGAUAGCAUCAACGAUGACAUAUCUGCUUCUGAGGCAUUGCCAGAGCUCACGGCCCAUGUAGGUAGCGAUGAAGGUCUCAGUUCAGGACAACAUACCCCCUCGCGGUAA